AUGGAAACGGUCGAGGAGGCCCGGGCUCGUUCGGCAGCAUCCAGGAAAGCUGGGAUCGCCGAGAGGAAGAGGGCGGCUGAGAUUGCCGAAGGGAAGAGGAAGAUGUCUGCUCGAGACGAGGAGGCAGCCGAGGUCGCCAGGAAGAAGAAAGAAGCCGAGAUCGCCAAAGGAUGCGAUUGCCGAGGAGAGGAAGGCUUCGAUAGCCAAGGGGAAAAAGGGCUGCUGAACGGGCCGCGGUUCGGCGGAGAAAAGGCCAACCCCGGUGGUCAGGGGGAAGUCGAAGCCGAGCCGAAACAGCCGAGAAGAAGAGGGAGCCGACGGAUCUGA